CUCGCGCGAAACACGCAGUUCGCAACCCAUAGGUGGAGCAUGAUGUCUGUCUUCCGGCCAGGGUUAUUUGAGGGCAAAGUAGCAAUUGUCACUGGCGGUGGUACGGGUAUUGGAAAGGCAAUUGCGAGAGAAUUACUCUACCUUGGCAGUAAGGUUGUUAUUGCCUCUAGAAAUGAGGAAAGACUGAAAAGAACGGCUGAGGAAUUGUGUCGCUAUGUACAACCGUCGAGUACUGGAGAGGUGAAAGUAGUUCCUUGCAAUAUUAGAGACGAAAAACAGGUAACAAACUUGAUGGAGGAAACCCUCUCUUCCUAUGGUAAAAUCGACUUCCUUGUCAACAAUGGGGGUGGUCAGUUUAUGUCACCUGUGGCAAACAUGUCUUUAAAGGGUUGGAAAGCUGUGGUUGACACGAACUUGAAUGGGACAUUUCUGUGCUGUAAAGAAGCAUUCAGAUUGUGGAUGUGCAAAAAUGGUGGUUCAAUUGUAAACAUCAUUGUGGACAUGAGCAAGGGUUUCCCAGGAAUGGCACAUAGUGGUGCAGCUCGAGCAGGAGUUCACAACUUGACCAUGAGCCUAGCUGUUGAAUGGAUACGUUUUGGAGUUAGGAUCAACUGUGUGGCACCAGGUGUGGUGUACUCUGACACUGCUGCACAGAACUACCCUGACCCUGAGCUGUUUCAAAGGAUGGCCAAUAUGUUACCAGCCAAAAGAUGUGGAACCACAGCAGAAGUAGCCGGAGCUGUCAGCUUUCUCCUCUCCCCAGCAGCAGCUUACAUAACAGGAACUACAAUUGAUGUGGAUGGUGCAUCAAGUAAAGUGUUUGUUAGUAAUAUACCAACAGCAGAUGAGUGUUCUCUGCCAGAAUACACUUGGAAAGAUGAUAGUAUUCCACCUUCAAAGUUGUGAUCUUUUCCUUACUGAAAAAUUAAGACAUUCACAGUUUUAGAGUUUGGUUAAGCUAAAAAAUUAAGAAAAAAACAUUUUGUAUCAUGUGUUAUUAUACAUGGCAAAAUCUUCUAAUCCGAGAAUCACUAACAUUACGCAAAAAAGCUACACAGUUUCAUGGAAUUUAUAGGCAGAAGAGUACAGUAAUAUUAAAUGGCAGGGUAGUCCUGAGGUAAAUCCAAGCGUUCUGAUUGGUUCCCACUUGGUCCGUAUCCUGCCAUACGGACGGUUUUCACGGAGAAGGUCAGAAAGCUGGCAAAUUCAAACUGAACAAGUUUUGUGUGAGUGCCGUGUAAUAAACAACUUAUUGACCUUGCUUGCUCCAGCCGCAGUUCGUUUUGUAAGUAGUUAAUAUAUUGGAAAUGAUCUUGAGGUUACAAUUGUUUGAAAAUAGAGUUUAUCGAUCUGAGAAGAAAAGAAAGCAGAAGGUCGCUAACUUAUGACACUGGAAACACAUUAGGUCACAUUAAAGUCCACUUUUGUUCCUUGCGUACGUCAAUACCGUGGAUCACACAAACUUGUCUUUACGGCUACAGGUAUAUGCUUCUUUGCAGCAACGUAUUUGUGAUGAAGAAAGUUCUUAAAUUGCGCACAAAAGUGUUUCGUCUUUAUUCGUGGAUUUGCUAAGCUUAUGCAUAGGAAAUAUUGGACUUCGUCAAGGCGUUCGCACGGGAAUUUGGGGAGAGCAUGUAUCAAAAUAAAGAUGGCGGAAUUAUAAAGGGAGGGCUCUUGUGGGGAUGACGGCUCAAUUGUUUUCCUUGGAAUCACAAAAUCAUCGAGUUCUAGUACAUUUGUGGUUAUAUUCCUAUUAUAACAUGCACAGGAAAUUCACGAGUUUGCAGGUGGCACUUCGAUUAACAGCAACAUAUCGAUUGAAAAUGAAAAUCCCGAAGGGUUGAUAACUACAGUUUAUUUUUAAGGGGGAGAUUAUCCAUCUAAUCAUUCCCAUCCUACUUCCCAGAGGAUUUAAAUUUUCGAAAGUGACGAAUAACCAGAGAGCAUCGAUGUUAAAAACAGGGCAUUCAAGUGUCGGCUUUCUUUCAUGU